CUGGCUCCCAGACUGUGUCGGGUACAUUUGUACCAUCCUCAUCAUGACCUUUCCCGUCCCGUCACCGUCACCUUGACCUUGUCCUUGUACCAAGGAAUCUCUUCCGACUUAAUAUCGUGCCCGUCACCUGCGACGCCUCGUCGGAUCCACUACGCGCUUGUCUCUGCCAGUCAGAGCCUAGCCCUCUAUCCGUCCCCAUCCUACUCCAUCCUCGGUUUUGGCCAUGGUAAACGGGCACUAUCUAAAGUGCCCAGUUUGCGGAGGGCCACACCUUGUAUAGCACACCCCAGGGCGUUCACCUUCAAAUCUCAAGCUGCUCGUGAAGCUUUUAUAAAAGCCAUGAAUGACCCCGUCUUCAAAACUGCUUCUCUCUAUUCAAAUACAACUUUCAUCAAAGGUCCAGGCUCAAACAUCCAGGCUUCAGGAACCGAUUUUUUCAAGAUGCUUCCCAACAACGUUAACAAGACUUCUCUCCACCCUACCGGUGUUACCCCUCACCAGGAGCACACCGAGCUGGAACAGGAGCUCCACGACAAGGCUCACAUCGAUUACGACCGUGUCGCUAUUAUCCCCAACCCUUCAGUCGCUGCUCUCUACGAGGAUGCUCUCGUCUACGAGACUGGUACCGCUAUCACAUCCAGCGGUGCCCUGACUGCCUACUCUGGUGCUAAGACUGGUCGAUCUCCUCUUGACAAGCGAAUUGUCGAGGAGGCUUCUUCCAAGGACAACAUUUGGUGGGGACCUGUUAACAAGCCCAUGACUCCUGAGAAGAAGAAUUGCCAAUAUCACGAGCUUGACGACAACGAGACGAACGAACCGAGACCAAACAAAUUGUCUAGACCGACGGGAUGGUUUUGUCCAUUCCAGCGACCAGACUCUUACAAUUGGGGCUACUCCGAGGAUACCCGCAGCGUGGGCGUCAUGGCUUUGACGGCCUGUCCACUGGUCUGGAAGAUCAACCGAGAACGUGCUGUCGACUACCUCAACACCCGAAGCCGUAUCUAUGUCAUUGACGGUUUUGCCGGCUGGGACGAGAAGUACCGCAUCAAGGUCCGAGUUAUCUGCGCCCGCGCCUACCAUGCUCUCUUCAUGCGAAACAUGCUUAUCCGACCUACACGAGAGGAGCUCAAGGACUUCCACCCUGACUACACAAUCUACAAUGCUGGCAAGUUCCCUGCCAACCGAUACACCGAGGGUAUGACCUCCGGUACAUCGGUUGCCAUCAACUUCGAGCAGAAGGAGAUGGUCAUCCUCGGUACUGAGUACGCUGGCGAAAUGAAGAAGGGAGUCUUCACUGUUCUUUUCUACGAGAUGCCUAUCAAGCACAACGUCCUCACCCUUCACUCCUCCGCCAACGAGGGCAAGAAUGGCGAUGUCACCCUUUUCUUCGGUCUCUCUGGAACUGGCAAGACCACUCUCUCCGCCGACCCCAACCGAGCUCUUAUUGGUGACGAUGAGCACUGCUGGUCUGACAACGGUGUUUUCAACAUCGAGGGUGGUUGCUACGCCAAGACCAUUGGUCUGUCUGCUGAGAAGGAGCCCGAUAUCUACGGCGCUAUCCGAUACGGUUCCGUCCUCGAGAACGUUGUCUUCGACCCUCUCACCCGUGAGGUCGACUACGACGACGCUACCCUCACUGAGAACACCCGAUGCGCCUACCCCAUCGAGUACAUCUCCAACGCCAAGAUUCCUUGCCUCUCCCCCAACUCCCCUUCCAACAUCAUCCUCCUCACUUGCGACGCCCGUGGUGUCCUGCCUCCUAUCUCCAAGCUUGACAGCGCCCAGACCAUGUUCCACUUCAUCUCUGGUUACACCUCCAAGAUGGCCGGUACUGAGGACGGCGUCACUGAGCCCCAGGCUACCUUCUCCAGCUGCUUCGCUCAGCCCUUCCUUGCUCUGCACCCCAUGAAGUACGCCAAGAUGCUUGCCGACAAGAUCGAGACACAUAAGGCCAACGCUUGGCUCCUCAACACCGGUUGGGUCGGUGCCGGUUUCGCUCAGGGCGGCAAGCGAUGCCCCCUCAAGUACACCCGUGCCAUCCUCGACGCCAUCCACUCUGGCGAGCUCGCCAACGUUGAGUACGAGAACUACGGUGUCUUCAACCUCCAGGUCCCCAAGACCUGCCCCAACGUUCCUUCAGAGCUCCUCAACCCUUCCAAGGCUUGGACCGCUGGCGAGGACAGCUUCAACACCGAGGUUGUCAAGCUCGGCAAGCUCUUCCGCGAGAACUUCGCCAAGUACGAGAGCGAGGCCACCGAGGAUGUCGUCAAGGCUGGCCCCGUUGUCUAA